AUGGAACCCCGCGGCCGCGCCGCUGAGCCGGGCCCGCCGUGGCCCCCCGGGUCCCCCCGCCCGCCGGCGGCAGCGACGCAGGCAAUGGAUUCUCCCUACGCAAACGGAGCCUACAGCCCCCCGUACCCUACGGCUCCCGGCGCUGCCCCGCACUACGCCAGCCUGCCACAGACACGGGGGUACUACUGCUCCGGGCCCCCGCAGACCCCCUACCCCGCGGAGUCCACGAGCAUGUACCGGCCCCCGUCGCCCGCUCCCCCCUGGAGCUAUGCCCCCCUGGACUGCCCCGCUGAAGGGUCCUCUCUCAGGAGGCAGCAGGUUCCUGGCUACUCCCCACCGCAGACCCCGGGAAUGCCCAUCCCACAGUAUCCGUACGGAGACAGCAAUCCAGGGGUCACGCCGCAGGGGCCUCCACCACAGCCCAGAGCCCCGGAGGACACGUGGGCUCCCCCCACCAUCUAUGGGGUGCAGCCGCGUUACACAUGGCCCUCCCCUUCGGCACAUGGGAACCCGUUCGUCUCCAAAUCACAUCCGCCCUGGACUGGCAGCGGAGCUCCUUCCCACCCUCCUGCAUGGGACUCAAAGGACACUGCUUACGACAAACCUGAGCAAAGCGCAAACCAACACAACUACUAUUCCGAUGUCAAUCACCAGCACUCUGGGACAAUGAAUGACCACAAGCCAGCCGCCCCGCUCAACGCCAAGCCAUCCCCCUCAAACCCCAAGGUGCAGUACAGUGCACAGCCCCAAAUGUAUGACGGUGCAUCGCGGAAGCUUUUGGCUGGGAACCGGGAGGCUGGCUUUAAACCUGGUGACCAGCCUUCAACAAAUUCUGCAGCCAUCCAGCCAGAGAUUCAGAGAAUCCUCCGCAUUACGGGGGAGGCUGAACAGCUGGAGCAAGAGGUGGAAGAAUUUGUAGGAAAAAAGACAGAUAAAUCCUACCGGCUGCUGGAGGAGAUGUUGACCAAGCUGCUGUUGGAACUGGAUUCCAUCGAGACUGGUGGCCAGGACAGUGUUCGGCAGGCCAGGAAAGAGUCCGUCCACAGAAUUCAGGCCAUACUGGAAAAACUGGAAAGAAGGGGAUUGUGAGAGCACAUCAGCCACAGCACACAGCCUGUGGUUGAGGUUCCAAAGAGUUUUAGUUCUGUUAAAUCUCAGCUCUUUCUGCUACGCACUAUUAACAAUGGAAUAGCAAUAAGCCCUGAGUUAAAAAAAACAAAACGAAACAAAACCACCAAACCCACCCCCCCGAAGCCCAGCCCUAACAAAUAACUGAGCAGUGGACAAAUUAAGAGAGGUUUGAAGCAGCCAACUGAAUUGUCUGUUUGUUCCAGGCUUUGGAAAAGCGGAACCACCCGAGGUACUUACCGCUGCAGAGGUCUCCAUGGGGGUCCACAUCCUCUUCAUCAGCAGGAAGAAAAUCACUGUACAAAGUUCCCCAAACCAGGCCGAGUCUCUAGGUGCCUCCUGCAGCCACAGCCGUUCUUUAAACAGUUGGAACACUUGCCAGAUGUGGCCACAACAGCACCGCAACGUGCAGCCACAAACCAGGACUCUGGGCUUGUCAGCCACUGCGUGUAUUUUCAGCUUCAGCUUCCUCACCAUAAAAACUUUGUCAUCCUGGGGUUUUGUUUGGUUUUAGUGCACUCAAGUAGCUACACUGAAGUGCUGCAGAACGGGACCGCACUGGCAGCCCAGUCAGUGCAAGCGGAUGUCACAUCGUGCUGUUCCUCCUCUCGUGAAGAGCCAGUCCGUGGCAUCCCCCGUGGACAUGGGAACACAGCCUGGAAAUCCCAGUUCUGCCACUGAAAAGGACGGGUACAAGCAGAGGAACGAUGUCAGAGCAGAGCAACCUUAAAUGGCAGGAUGCUUGAAAAUGCUUUCCAGGUCACUUGGGUAAAAAUCCACUUUUUAAUUCUAACGUCUUUCCACAUACUGCAACGCCAUACUCGUGGCACUGUACAAUACGGAGGGGAAGGGAACAGCUCAGCCUACUGUUAGCCUUCUGGUUACAACAUGUUAAGUGAAUCAUUACUGUGUGUGAC